CUGUUGCUUCAAUUUGAAAUAGGCAUUUAGAGAGAAUGUAGCUGUCAUCAACAUAAGAGCCAGGAUUUUAUAGUGUUACUUUGUUUUGCUAUGUGGGUUGUGCAGUUGUUGUAUUCACGUUAAUUAACAAUAACAGGACCAACAACAUCCCGCACAUCGGCUUGUCAUGCAAGCUGUACCGUCAGCACUACAGCAUCUGUCGCCGUGAUUCGUUCGUAGGAGCGCGGCGGAGGAUGGAUCCCACAGUUUUAGUGGUAGCCUGUCAUGCCUAUAAGUUUAUCGUAAUGGCUGGACCGUCUCCAAAGAAAGCAAAGACUGUUUUCGACCUUGUGUUUGUGACAGGAAAUGCCAAGAAACUAGAAGAAGUUGUGGCAAUCCUUGGUGACAAAUUCAACGUGACUUCAAGAAAUAUAGACCUUCCUGAAUUUCAAGGUGAGCCAGAGGAUAUUUCCAUUGCCAAAUGCAGGGAAGCAGUCAAACAUGUGAAGGGCCCAGUUAUUGUUGAGGACACCUGUCUCUGUUUCAAUGCGUUAGGUGGGCUACCUGGUCCAUACAUAAAGUGGUUCCUCUCCAAGUUGGGCCCGUCUGGACUGCAUCGUUUGCUGACAGGCUGGGAGGACAAGACGGCCUAUGCUCUGUGCACGUUUGCCUACUCCAGCGGCAACUUGCAAGACCCUGUACAGGUUUUCAAGGGCCAGACACAUGGCACCAUCGUGUCCCCUCGUGGCCCUCCAAGUUUUGGGUGGGAUCCCUGCUUCCAGCCGGACGGAUUCACACAGACAUAUGCUGAAAUGGAAUCAACGACCAAGAACAGUAUAUCACACCGGGGUAAAGCUCUCAAGAAGCUGGCUGAACACUUCCUGAAAAUGACAUGACCGUGAUUAAUUUCAACACCUCAGGGUUUUUAAAACAACAUUUGUGGGAAUCUUUCAUGGCAAUACUGCCAUUGUAACUCAAGAAACAUUCUACUCUUUCAUUUGAGAGAGAGGAAAGAAACAAUGUACUCUCAACCUCCUUCUCAGGACCCUUCAUAUCCCUGUUUUAAAAAUCGGAAUUUAUUUUCAAGGUUUUUUUAAAAUUAACAUAACUACUUGUAAAGAGGUGUGUCUUAAAUUUGAGAGAUUAGUCAUUAUGAGUGUCUGUACAUACCAUUUUAAAGAUAGAAUGCAGUAUCCUCAAAAUUACAGACUUCUAACGUUGUACAUUU